AUGUUGAUUCGUAGGUUCGCAAGGUGUACUAGCAACGUUAAAAUCACCCUUUUUAAGGCGUACUGUCAGUCAUUUUACACCUGCAGCCUAUGGAUCAACUUUACUCAAAAAACUUACAGCGCCCUGCGCGUGCAAUAUAAUAAUGCUUUUAGGAUGCUGUUGGGGCUGCCGCGCUAUUGCAGCGCUAGCGGUAUGUUCGCGGAGGCGCGCACCGACGGCUUCCACGCCAUCAUGCGCAAGCGGGUGGCGUCGCUGGUGCGGCGCGUGCGCGGCAGCGCCAACAGUCUCCUUGCCACAGUCGCGGACAGGGUAGAUGGCGCUUUCUGGCAGUACUGGAGCAGCCUACAUGCCCAUAACAAUCGAGAUAGGAUACUACAUUAUAAAAUAAAAUAGGUAUUAAUAUAGGUUUAGUUUAUUAGGUAAUAAGUUACUAAUAUAAUAUAAUAUAAUAUAAUAUAAUAUAAUAUGGAAAUAAUUCUGAAAUAAAUGU